AUGCAAAUUAAAUUAAAAUAAAUGUAAUCUUCAUAUAAGAUUAAGAACAUCUACUUUUGAUAAAUCAAAUUGUAAAUCUAGUACAAGGGCAAAUAGAACUUAAGUAAAACAAUCAUAAAAUUAAGAAAAGAGUUUAAACGUUAAGCCUAUUUAAAAUUACAAACUAUAAAAUUAGGGUUAUUAAAGACUUAAGAUGUUACAAUAACCUUAAAAGGAAGAAAAAAAAAUCGAAAAUAUUCUAUAAUAGUAUCAAAAAAUUUUUGAUAAAAUACUUCCUUUAAUAAAGUAAGAAAAACUUAAUCAAUGA